AUGUUUGGUAUUGAGUACAUUCCGUCAAAAGACGACGAGCAACAUGAAACACUCAAUGUAUACGGAGUACCUUUUGAAUUGAAGAGAGGGAAGCAAUUCUUUUCGAUAAUAGCUCGCAUUUGUCUGAGUCUUACAGCUGCCGUUGUCAUUGGAGUGACACUGAUCGUCUUCGUCGAUGGUAUAAUUUUAAAUGUUAUUUAUCUUUCUCCAAAUGAAAAAUGUCCAGAAGAUGGCGAUAUGGACUGUUAUUCAACAUCUGGUAAUAACAGAUACUUCCACUGCAAUUCAUCUGAAACUUUGAUUCCAACAUAUCUGGGCAGCGCCACUUGCUACAAAUGGUUUAAGAAAGGAAUCUCGACUCUUGAAAUUCUUGAACAAAUUGGACUGUGCGCUGGACUUAUCCAAGUAUUCAAUUGGGUCGUCAACUUGUACUUACGACUGUUACUCUAUAGCUACCGAUGCCCCUGUGAAACGACUAUGAUAUGCUGUUUCCGUUCGUAUCUUGCAUGGACCAUUACUGGUCUUGGAUUUAGUACUCCAAUUAUUGCUUUAGGAUUUCUUAGUGCCAGCGAGGUUGGUGUUACAGGAUUGACGAUGGCAGUUUUGGGCUGCGCAGCAUCCAUUGUGCUUAUGAUGGUGCUUUUAAUUUUGUCAUUGAAAAUACAUAUGAUUCGUAUAGUUGCAGCAGAGCUUCCGGAAAACACGACAACAUCUAAAUCUAAUAAAGUGGCCGAUUCUGCCAUUGAAUUGCAACAACCAUCGGCUACAACUAACAAAAACAAAUAA